AUGACGUGGAAUCUCGCCCUUCUGCUCUACUUGAUCUUACAGUUCUUCGCGUUCUUCUUUGUGCUGGUGGCUACGCCUCUCGAUGUAUUUCACUUCAAGGAUAUUCGGAACUUUACGCGCCGCAUGUGCGUCACCUUAUGGGGUUUCCAACUGAACUGCACCAGUACAAGGUACGACAAUUCAAAUGAUGGAUUGUGGCGUAACUGCCACAAUCGACGCGAUCGUUUCCGCGCACUGCAGGCGUUCGCUUUGAUCUCCAUCUUCGUGUACGGAGCGGCGUUCGUCAUGGGCGUGAUCAUGCUGUUCUGCUGCCGUUGGCUCCGCUGGGUCUGCCUUGCGCUCAACAUUGUGGGUGCUGUCACCGUGCUCAUUGUCUGGUUGGGCAUAGCGGUGACUUUCUACAAGAGAGACGGCGAGAGGUGUCCCGGAAUGAACACUGUCUCCACUUACGGUGCCGGGUUCGCUCUCUUCCUGCUGGCGUGGAUUCUGAAUAUCGCCAACAUCGUCAUCUUACUGCUCCUCUCUCUAUAUGAGAACUCAAGUGAGACUGUCAGCACAGAGGAGCGCAAAAGUCAGCCGGGGGAGUAG